GCAUCAUGGUGACGAUGACUGUGGCAUUUCAUGAUUGGCGUGCUGUUCGGGAUAAUUGUCAGUUGUGUUUUCUUUGUCGUACAGAACUCGCGGCGGCGGAAUAUUCAAGCAUGCUACCCUGGCAGCGCAAUCAUGUCCACUGUCCGCCGUCCUGCUGCAUACAGGGCCUACAUCCACGAAGUCUCGAAACAAACACACAUUAUCCAACUACAAGGUUUCCUUUUCUUUGGAACGAUCGUGCGCGUUGAGGAAAAGUUACGGAGUAUUGCUGAGGAUCCGGACUGACGAACCAACCCUUUACAGUUCAUAGUCGUAGACUUUUUUUAAGUCUGAAUUUAAGUGUGUGAGGGUGGUUCUACCCUAUGUUGCACUAUUCUAGCGUAGUUUGACGAUCUAGCUUUGGCCCCCUGUGGCCUACCAUUCCUUACCAGCGAGUGAAUGCCCUGAUGGCAGACCUGUUGGCCGAAAUGGGUGUAGAACCCAUACCAACCUUCGGACCCAGUCGUUCCUGCAGAAUCGAAUAGCCAUCCGUCUCUUCGUAACAUGUCUAGAUCGAGACCUGUAGCGAUGACUAUCACAUAAAACACCACCGGCAUCACCAAGAAAUAGAUUGGAAACACGAGUUGAUGCUUCCACCGGG